ACCAAUGAUCACCGCUCGUUCAUGGAGAAAACCCUAAUAAAACCAGUCAGCCACCUUUACAAGCACUCAUAAAUAUCUUGCUAAUUAUAAUGGGUAUGGUUUUUGGGAAAGUGAACGUGGAAACACCGAAAUUCGAAGUCAUCAAGUCAUCGGCAGGCUACGAGAUCCGGCAAUACUCAGCGUCGGUGACGGCGGAGAUCACCUACGAUCCAACCCAGUUCAAAGGAGACAAAGACGGUGGGUUUAAGAUACUAGCCAACUACAUCGGUGCUUUUGGCAACCCACAGAAUACGAAGCCGGAAAAGAUCGCGAUGACGUCGCCGGUAAUAACGAAGCCGGAAAAGAUUGCGAUGACGUCGCCGGUAAUAACGAAGCCGGAGAAGAUAGACAUGACUUCGCCUGUGGUGACGAAGGGAGAUGGAGAAAAGAUGAUGACGAUGCAGUUUACACUGCCGGAAAAGUACAAAAAGGCGGAGGAGGCGCCGAAGCCGGUGGAUGAGAGGGUGGUGAUAAGGGAGGAGGGAGAGAGGAAGUACGGGGUGGUGACGUUUAGUGGGGUGGCGUCGGAAGAAGUAGUGGCGAAGAAGGUGGAGAAGUUGAAGAAAGAUUUGGAAAGAGAUGGGGUUAAGAUAACCGGCGAUUAUGUGUUGGGAAGAUAUAAUCCGCCAUGGAUCACGUUGCCGGCUUUUAGGACCAAUGAAGUUUUGAUUCCGGUGGAAUGAAGUUUCUGUAACUUCAUCAUUAUAUAUAUCUAUACGUUAUUAUAAAAUAUUUGA